AUGCGAGCGGUGCGGGCGGCCAAGGCGUACGCGCGCGAGAUCAUCGAGCGCUGCCCGCGCAUGGAGAUCGCCGAGCUCGAGACGGCGUACGACACCCUCAGCGUGCACCUGCGCGAGAUGGAGGAGUACAUGAGCGAGGAGCCGCCGCACAAGGCCGUCACGCGCCUGCUGUACGCGCGGCAGGACGUCAGCGAGCGGCUGCACCGUCUGCGCCAGGCGCGCACGCAGGCCAAGGGCAGCAGCGACGAGCUGCAGAAGCUGCGUCUCUUCUUCGAGAGCUGCAUCGACCAGCUGGCGGGCGAGAACCACGCGCUGCGCGAGCGCGUGCUGGCGCUCGAGCGCGGCAGCGGCGUGGUCCAGCAGCUCGGCAUCGGCGCUGGCGCCAGCAGCAAGCAGGCCGAGGCGCAGCUGGAGAAGCAGCAGGACCUCGAGCUGCGCCUGCAGGUCGUCGAGAACACGGUGCAGGGCCUCUCCGACGUCGUCUUUGCCGAGCGUGCGGCGCCGCCGCCGUUCUUUGCGCGCUGA